GUAAAGCCCGCCUCCUUCCAGUCACUUAUCAACAUGGCGGCGCACAGAAAUUCGACGCAAAGCUGGAGAAAUAUUUACGUCUUUUGUUUGCUUAUUUUCCUCCAGCUGUGGUUUAACGUCUGCCUUUCAGCUCCAGUUAGCAUAACACCAGAUUUGAGGACUUCUCAGGGAUUAGACCCACGACUGAAUUUGAACAACUCUGCUGUGGUAGCAGCUCAGACAGACGCGACCACAGACGCAGAGAAAUGGAGUACACCAAGACCAACGCUCGCAUCAAUAACUGCUGCCGCCCCCAACACGGCAUCUGCCGACGCCAAAGAUGUCAACAAGACGACCCGUCAAGUAGAAUCCACUGUGCAUCUUUCAGCACAGAGCAAGAAAGACGCUAAUGGCACGCUCCCCCCACCUGCAGAGAAAACGUCUAGGAAAGAGAACGCAGUGAGGACGACCACUCCUGCUCCCACCGCCAACACCAAGGUGACCCAGCCAACAGGUGAGCCUGACGUCCAGCCCACCUCCACAGCAGAAAGCGUCGAUCCACAGCUGGGUACGGAGAAGCCACCAGAAAUCGUUCCAGAAACUUCACCCUCCAAACCUGAUGAAGACGACGAAGAUUACGAAGACUAUAUCCUUUCUUCCGAUGAAGGGAGAAAGGAAAAUAAAGGGCGAAUCGACACCAAGCAGCAGGUUAAUCUGGUGGGGGAAGUGGACAGCUUCAGCUCAGAGGAACAGGACUCCCACUUCUUCUUCCACCUGGUCAUCCUGGCCUUCCUGGUGGCCGCCGUCUACAUCACCUAUCACAACAAGAGGAAGAUCUUCCUGCUGGUUCAGAGCCGCCGCUGGAAGGAGGGCUUAUGUUCCCGUAACAACGUGGAAUAUCGGCGGCUGGACCAGAACGUCAACGAAGCCAUGCCGUCCCUCAAGAUGACCAAAGAUUAUAUUUUUUGAUUGAGGCUCCUAUAAACACAAAUCCAGCUGCUUAUCUGAUCACUCGCAUGAAGUAGAGAGGCUUUGCUUUUUUUCAAAAAUCAUGUUUUACUUUGCUACAGCAGAAAUAAUUUACUAUUUGUUGGAGUAGAAUUGGACAGAUUGUUGCCUUUUUGACAUUUUCUUUAUUUUAAUGUUCUUUUUUUUAAUAUUUGUGGAAGUUUUUUUUAUGUUUUUGCAUCUUUGUGUAUUUUUUUAAAUUAAAGCUCAAAGACAGUUGAACGAAUAAGGUGAUGUAACAUUCCUAAUUGCUGUAUUUCCACCUUUAAACGUAGAUUUCUCUCAGCAUUCAACCCAAGCUGUACACUGGCACCUAAAGCACUUUGUGUCAUGCUUACAUUUAUAUAAGAUGCAUUAACUAAGCAGAGCAGCCAUGUAAAAUAAAGAAAUAAAAUAAAUUAACACCUAUGUGUAAACUGAUCUACCUUAAUUGCGCCUUGUAGGUAAAAUGAAGGAAAUAUUAGCCACCAGACUCUUAAUGUUUUUCAUUCUGUACAGAUAGUUUUAAAACAUCCAGGGGCGGUUAAAUGGUUGGGGUUCUUAUUUUUUAUUGGAUCUAAUAAAUGUGAUUUGCACUUUUGAAUAAUUUCAGAAAAUGCCCUCCUGCAUUACACAACUUUGGUUUAUGGGUGUGAAAUAAAACGGUCGCGUGUUUUAAGGAUAAGCAUUUGAUCAGGGGAGGAAUAAUCUUCAGGUGACGGAUAAUCUCGUGUGUUUAAGCCAUUUAAGAACAGGUUGAUGCUGUGUGCAGAAUGGAACGUACUCAUUUAUAGGAAUCUUAUUGCCAGGCUUCUGUGUUUAUCUUGAUCGCUUUAUGUUUUAAUUACCGGGUUCCUCCAGAUUUUGCUGUGCAGAUGUUCUGUGGCCUCCUGCUUUAUGGCUUCAGUGAAGUCUCUGUCAAACCAUCGCCAAAUGAUGCAAAAGCAACUGCAGCAUCCUCUUUUACUCCCAUUUACCAGGAAAAUGUGCAGCCAGUAAAGGAUUUAGUUAUUUCAGGGUACUUCCCCUCUGUUGCCAUUUCAUGCCUUUUUGUUGAAAUGCCAUGAAACACCAUGACCUUUUCAACAUGUCCAGGUGUUUUCUGUGUAAUACAUGGUAGAAUAUGGGUUAUGCUCUUGUGAUCUACUGCUACUGCAAUCAACACUAUCCUGUACAAUCGUUUUCUCAAUAAAGCACAAAUUAUAUAAAUGUUA